GCGCCCAACCUCUCAUUUACCCCUCAUUACCCUGGCGCCUGGCAGGGGUCUGGCCGGGAAGGGAGGACACGCUGGUGGCCUGCGGGUGGCACAGGUUCCAGCCCCUGGCCCCGACCAGGUGACAGAUUGCUGGCUAGUUCAAGUGAAAGUGUGCACCGAGAAGUGAGCACUCCUGGUCUGGGGUUGGUGUACGGAGAGUCCGGCUCCCUUCCCUCUCUGUCCGGGUGACCGGGACCGCGACGCUGCACGGCCCGCAGGGAGGAGGAGGUGCCAGCCCACGUCCCGCCCCUCUGCCUCCACCUUCACCUCCCUUCCUGGCCCCGUGCUGCCUGGUCCCGCGGGCCGCUCGGUCCUAGUCCCAGCCUGGGACAGUGGUGCUCCCAUCGCCAAGGAAGUUGACAACGACCCACAUUUCCACCGGAUCCAGCGGACAUCAAGGACAGCGGAAGCUCGGACACCUGCGCUCACAGGCCCUGCCUACUGCAAGGGAUGGGUCUUCCAUCCAGGCUUAGAAAGGAGGGGUGGAGUCCUGCAUCUGACUUCCAGCUCUAUCCGUGGUGGUGCCCUCUGAGGCCAGGAAAAACCGAGCUUAGUGGGAGACCAGCCGGCUGCCUCAGCUAGGCACAUCGCUCCAGACCCUGUCUGACAGCUCUCCCGACUUCGCCAGAUUGUGCGUGGACGUGGGGGGUUUCCAGAAAAGGGGACACCCCCCUUUCUCCUGGACAUUGGCGCUAUGAUCCUUUGGGGGUAACUCAGGAGAGAAACAAUGCAAGCCUUUGGUCCUCCAAAUGAGGGCCCCCUCCAAGGCCUGGUUGCUUCCCGAAUUGAGAAAAUUGAGACUUACGGGGGCCAUCAUCAGACUUCUGCCCACAGCACUCCUGGGAAUAUAUUUCCCAGAGGAGGACCUGGAGAGGACCCAGGUCGCAGACGCCGACAGCACCAUGUCCCUUUUGCCAAGAGCUCUGGCCAGACCCGAGGCCUGUCUCCUCUGGUGCUUCGGGAACCAGAGCCAGAGAAGAGGCAUGGAAGCUAUUUUGGGGUCGGCCCACCUCACUCCCCAAAACUCAAGGAAGUCACCAGGGCCUUUGAGCUAGAACAGAGGCUGCACACAUUCAGCAUGUUUGGGAUGCCCCGCCUGCCACCAGAGGAUCGGAGUCACUGGGAGAUAGGAGAGGGAGGGGACGGUGCCCUGACCAUGGAAAAGUCCUGGAAGGAGCUGGUGCUGGAACACAAGGAGAUGAACCGCCAGCUUUGCCACCAGCAGGAAGCACUGUGGGAGCUCCUGACCACUGAGCUGAUCUAUGUGAGGAAGCUCAAGAUCAUGACUGAUCUCCUGGCAGCUGGUCUGCUGAAUUUGCAGCGGGUGGGACUGCUGACUGAGGUGUCAGCUGAGACCCUGUUUGGAAAUGUCCCCAACCUGAUUAGAGCCCACCGGAAAUUUUGGGAGGAGGUGCUGCAGCCCAUCUUGGAAGACACUCGAACGUCUGGCCAACCUUUGGACCCUGUCAGCUUACAAAAUGGCUUCCUGACAUUUGGCCAGCGGUUCCAGCCUUACGUCCUGUACUGCCUUCGAGUAAAGCAGACCAUGGCUUACGCCCGGCAGCAGCAAGACAGGAACCCUCUGUUCCACACCUUCGUGCAGUGGUGUGAGAAACACAAGCGCUCUGGAAGACAGACACUGGGUGACUUGCUCAUCAAGCCCCACCAGCGCAUCACCAAAUACCCACUGCUGCUGCAGGCUGUGCGCAAGAGAAGCCCCGAGCCCCGAGCCCAAGAGGCCCUGAAUGCCAUGAUCGAGGCUGUGGAGUCCUUCCUGCGAUACAUAAAUGCCCAGGUCCGACAGGGCGAAGAGCAGGAGAGUUUGAUGGCUGUGGCCCAGCGCAUAGGGUCCUAUGAGGUGCUAGAGCCCUGGAGCGAGGAGGUGGAGAAGAGCCUGCGUCUGUUCUCCACCCUGGAUCUGAUGACUCCUGUACUAGGGGUUGCCCCUGAGUACACCAGGCAGCUGCUGCUGGAAGGACCUGUGCGGGUGAAGGAGGGACGAGAAGGGAAGAUAGAUGUGUACCUAUUCCUCUUCUCUGACAUGCUCCUGGUUACCAAACCUCAACGUAAGGCCAACAGAGCCAAGGUCAUCCGUCCUCCUCUCAUGCUGGAGAAACUCGUGUGCCAACAGCUGCGAGACCCCAACAGCUUCCUGCUGAUCCACCUCACAGAAUUCCAGUGUGUCUCCAGUGCCCUCACUGUGCACUGUCCCAGUUCUACAGAGUGUGCACGGUGGCGGGAGAAGACCCAGCAGGCUAAGACCAUUCUGCAGAGGCUGAAGGGUGACCAGUACAUUCAACAGAAGAGGGAGCUGCUGGCCCUCUAUCGAAACCAGAGCACGGAGUCCCCCAGCACCAGGCCCUCCACGCCUUCCCCUUCCCCUUCCCCGGAGGACUCUCAGAGAAGUGCCGAGGGGAGGACUUUAGGGGUCGCCAUCGUCCCCCGCCUGGUGGUGACUGAGGAUACAGAUGAAGACACACCCUCCAUGCUGGAUGACGCCUCAGACUCUGGCUAUGGCACCUUGAUUCCAAGCUCCCCGAAGGAGUCUCAUUCCCCCCUGAACAGGCUUCGGUCCAAGGCUCUUCGUAGGGACCCUCGCCUCACCUUCUCCACCCUGGAACUCAGAGACGUUCCCUUGCGCCCCCAGCCUCCCGACCCCCAAGCUCCCCAGCGGCGAAGCGCCCCAGACUUGCCAGAAGGGAUCCCAAGAGGAGGCAGUCUACCCAGGAGAGCCCCACCAACCUGGUCGGAGGAGGAAGACGAGACUUUAACACCAGGGAAUGUGGUGGUAGAAACCCUACACAGGGCGCAACGUCAGAGUCCGCUCCCCCACUCUCCCACCCGUACUGACUCUGCUGGGGAAAGCCCCUGGGAGUCCUCAGAUGAAGAGGAGAGGCCUCAAUCCCCUGAACUCAGCCCCAGCUCCAUGCGGAUCAAGAAAAUGCUCAGGGAGAUGAGGGAGGACCUGGCCAGCCAAAGGAUUGAGGGAACCUCGGAACCGGAACCAGAACCGGAACCAGGGAAUGGCAAGCUCCGGAAGCUGACUGUAGCCCAGCUACAGAGAAUGAGGGUCCCCCACAUCAUGGAGCUGGACACGCCCCUAACUACAUCAGAAGCAUGAGGAAGGCUGAGGCCCUUUGAUACCCCUUCUAGAGAAAUUGUCUCCCCAAGAGUGCUGGUCACCACCUCCCCCGACCCUACCUCAAGGGUCCACCUCAAACCAAGCCUGACCCAGGCAUCACCUCUGAGAACUCUGGAGGUCAAGAACUGAACAUUUUGUCUCACAGACGAACCCCUGAGCCCUACAUAAAAGUGUCCAGAAACAUG